GACUCUUUACAAGGAGCAGAGACACCCAAGCGUCUUGGCGCUUGGUAUGUACGAACGCAACGCGCUGCCAUCUCCAACAAGUGCUCAUGGGCCAGUUCGACUACCCCCCGCACUUCUCAACGCUUAUUAGGUACUCUGUACAAGAUCGGAGGAUGUCAGGGUGACCCGGAUGGAUGUCGGCACGUCAUUGGACUGACUCAAAGUGAUUACCAGGGAAUGGUCCCCCCCUUGACAGUUUCUCGAAUCUUUUUGAGUCAAGUGUGAGCAGCAUUUCGGCGACAUCGUGGUAGCGUGGGUAUAGCCGUCUGCAAGUGAGGGGAAAAUUGGGUUCUUUGACACGCACAGCCUCAAGCCUGCAUAUGCGUGCGUGCAUCUCCUCAGCACGCAGAUAGAACGGGCCAUCAAACCCUUCUUGAGCUUCGGUGGAGAGGCUCAAGACAUGAUGGUCUAUCCGAGUACGCCAGGACCUAUCAGCACCGCCGACACUUGCCAAUGGACGUCUUGGCACUCAAAAAAGAUGUUCACCGUCCGUCCACGAGUCUUGAGAAUUUGUGGCUGUUGGCAGAGUGGACCAGGAAGCCCAGUUUCGCCUAGCCAUGGCGUUCUCAUCUAGGAUUAGGCUCGCCAUUAUCCACCACCAUCCUAUCCGAAACUAGGUAAGGUAGGUAGGUAGUCAGAACAUGGCCGAGUAUAUAAGCAUGAGCCCCAGGUUUUAGUCCCUUUGCCUUUGCCCUUUGGCCUCUGGACCCAGCGUCACAAAGUGACCUAUCUUGCCGCCUCCAGAUCGAAAUGAUCUCCUACAAUGCCCGCAACCAGAGAAUAGAAGCCUGGGUCAACGCGGCUGCCGAAGAAAGCGAGGAUGCCGCCCCUACAGAUCCCGAAGCCCGCGACCUGCAUGACCAGGAAAAGGCCCAGCGAAUCGAGCACGAGGAUUUGUGUCGCGACAAGAAGCAGGUAGGUCCUGGCUCCGUGGGAAUAAAUGUGCGACGUUAUGUAUGAAGGUCUGACUUUCUCGUUUCGAAAAAGACGUAUAAGGGCGCGGUCUUAUUAUGGCUCGCCUGGCAGACUACUGGUGUUGUGUAUGGCGACAUUGGCACCAGUCCCCUUUAUGUUUUCAGUUCGACUUUUAGCGAACAGCCGUCAUGGCACGACCUCGUGGGAGCUCUGUCGAUAAUCAUCUGGUCCCUCACCAUCAUCGUAACAUUUAAAUAUUGUUUCAUUGUCCUGUCAGCCGACGACGAUGGUCAAGGAGGAACUUUUGCUCUCUACUCUCUCCUUGCUCGAUAUGCCAAUAUUGCCCGCGUCGAUCCUAAUGGCCCAGAAAGAAUUGUUGUGCGCCUCGAUCGUGAGACGGGCGCCGAACUCGCACCCGCUGGGAGAAUGGCCCGGGAUUUUCUGGAACGUAGCCGGGUUGCACAGAGCGUCCUCAAGAUUGUUGGCGUCCUGGGCGUUUCCAUGGUCGUGGCCGACAGCAUUCUGACACCAGCCCAGUCCGUCUUGGGCGCCGUCCAAGGGAUUCAGGUUAUCAGACCUGAUCUGGGAAGACCAGCUAUCGUGGGGACCUCGUGUGCGAUCCUCAUUGCGCUUUUCUUGCUGCAGUUCAUUGGCACGUCCAAAAUUGGCACUUCUUUCGCUCCCGUCGUUGUUGUCUGGCUCCUCUACAACUUCUCCAUCAGCAUAUACAAUCUUGUCUUGUACGACCAUACAGUACUCAAAGCAUUCAGUCCACAUUAUGCUUUCAAAUACCUAAUACGAAACGAUUCUGAUGGAUGGAAGUCUCUUGGUGGACUGCUUCUCGCUUUCACCGGCGUUGAAUCACUCUUUGCAGAUCUGGGUGCAUUUGGGCAGCGAGCCAUUCAGCUUUCAUGGUUAUUCCUGGCAUUCCCAUGCUUGUUGAUCACGUAUUGUGGCCAAGCUGCCUAUAUUUCCCAGGAUGAAACUGGGUUGGCUUUUACCAACCCAUUCUUUCGCACUGUUCCCGAAAGCACACUGUACUUCAGUAUCAUCAUUGCCGCACUCGCUGCUGUUGUUGCCAGCCAGGCCGUGAUCACCAGCUCUUUCCAACUCAUUUCUCAGUUGAUGAGGCUCAGCUACUUUCCUCACAUCAAGACUGUCCACACCAGCCGUCGAUUCCAUGACCAGAUCUAUAUGCCACUAGCAAAUUGGUUGCUCAUGACCGGUACCGUUGUGGUUACAGCGGUUUAUAACAAUACAACGAGCUUGGGCCAUGCUUAUGGCGCAUGCGUCAUUAUCGUUAGCUUUAUUACAACUUGCAUGGUGUCACUAGUGGCACUCAUCAUCUGGCGUAUCUCAUCAAUCAUUGUUCUCAUCGGGUUCCUCAUCUUCAUCCUCCUCGACAGCAUUUAUCUCAGUGCAGCAAUGAACAAGGUGCCCGAUGGUGGUUGGUUUGCGCUGGUCCUGUCCGCCAUCCUUAGCUCAUUCGUCAUGCUUUGGCGAUGGGGAAAAGAACAGCAGUGGGAAGCAGAGCAAAGGGACAUGGUGGACCCGGCAGAGUUCCUCAUGUCCUCUCGGAGUACCUCGAGAAACAACUCCAUAGCAAGGGGGAUCCAAGGUGAAGGGUCUCUGCGCUCGACGAGGCUGAGGCUUUCACCUGAGUUUGGAGGCGGACAAGUAAUGGUCGCUCCCGGACUCGGAAUAUUUUUCGAUAAAGUGGGCGGGAGUGGUGAUCACAUCCCCAAAGUAUUCUCGCAGUUCGUUCGGAAGUUCCAGACGAGGCCACAGGUGAUCGUCUUCUUCCACAUGCGCCCACUUUCUCAGCCAACGGUUCCAUCUGACCAACGGUUCGUCAUUGCGCGUGUUACAGCAAAAAUUCCUUCAUGCUAUCGUAUUGUUCUGCGACACGGCUACAUGGAUGACGUUCUCACCCCGAACUUGGCGCCUACGAUUGUCAACGAGCUGAUGACCUUUAUUACCCGAGGUCCUUUCCCACCUGAUGAGAAUGACAUGCCGCCAGAGUUUCGAGAAGAGCUUGAAGCACUGCGGGCCGCCGAAGAGGCACAAACUGUUUAUCUCAUGGGAAAACAGACUAUGCGGGUGCAAAGGCCAGAAAAGAGGAGUAUUUCCAGCAUCCUACGCCGGGUAGCACUUGAAGCAUUCUUGUGGAUCCGAGAGAAUUCACGAACCAAGCUGGCCAAUUUGGAUAUUGACCCUGAUAGUCUGGUAGAGGUGGGCUUUGUGAAGGAGAUUUAAAAACGACAACAAUAUUGAACCAGAGAUACCCGAUACAUGUGCAAAAAGAACAAGAGACGAUUGGGCACCAAAAGUUAGAUGGAAUGAUUACCUUACGAUUUUUCGGACAAAGGCGCUUUGGAUUACGGGUUCAGCUGGGAGUUUAACCAACUGAUGAUGGGCUCAGUAGUUAGAUGCCUCUGCUCUGCUCUGCUUUGUUUUACUAUACUGGGUGGGACAGGAACUCUCCGCUUACCUUAGAUUUGAUCAUUUGGUUGUACAUGGAUGGUUUCAAGGCGGAAGCGAUAUCGAUAUACCCUCAAGAGCGAAUGAAUCGAUGAUUACCUAUGUUGCAUAUGUUCUAGGCUAAAGACGUCAGUGAUGGACGAAAUUCUGUUGACUGACUAAUUUCAGAAGCAUGAAUCUCAACAAGAGCAGUUUCAAAGACUGAUUAAUAGAUAAUCCUUGGUGUUGAUCUUUGUAG